UGCCGGCACAUCUUGGCACUUUUCAAAGUUAAUGAAAAUAUUGGUAUUGUCUCUGUAUUCAAAUAUAUCAUGGGCAUAAAAGUUAUUGUUGAAUGGACUCGAUUCCGUAAUCUCCUGUUAUUCUUAUACUUGUCGUGUCAGCUUGUCCUGCACUUUAUCUCAUGUUGUAUGAUGAACCACUUGGCACACAAUUCCUCAUGUAGAGGGAGUGGACUUCAUCGUUGGCACACCCACAUUAGUCUCUGUGUUCGUUCUGUGACCGCCGGCAGUUUUUAAAGUUCGUCCUCAGUGCAGGUCAACAGAGCAAGAACAGCUUGAGUGCCAUGGCUGCCUUUCUACACCAUUGCCCCUUCCUGAAGUCGGCCCCAAAACCCGCUCUGCGGCGGACCGGCGCGGCUCUGCUCUCCCUGGCCGACCGGUGCCCCAUCAUCGCUCGCCAGAUCACCGUUAAAACCGACAUGUACGCCGCGCCCAACCAGGCAGCGCCAAGGCACUGGGCUCUGGACCAGAGGCGGUGGUACGCCCAGUCCGCCGGCCAGGUCGCGGUGUCCCUGGCGAAAAGCUGUCCCUUCGUCGCCUCCGAAAUACGAGUGGUGCGGGCAAGCUCCGAGGUACAGGAGGACGUACAGCAGGACUACAAACCAGGUGUGAUGGCCUCUCUGCUGAACGGUCUCACGGGUUUGGUUCCCCGGCCGUCUCAGGGCCCUGCCGCCCCCACCGUCUCCCAGCUGCUCCAGGACAACAUGAUCAGCGGCAGCUACAACUACGACCGCUUCUUCGAGGACAAGAUCGCGGAGAAGAAGAACGACCACACGUACCGCGUCUUCAAGACCGUCAACCGCGACUGCGAGGUGUUCCCGUUCGCCGAGGACUACUCGCUGCCGGGGAGGGAGGGCGCCCGGGUGUCCGUGUGGUGCAGCAACGACUACCUGGGGAUGAGUCGACACCCACAGGUGCUGAACGGAAUCAGCGAGGCCCUGGAGAAGCAUGGAGCAGGCGCCGGGGGAACCAGGAACAUCUCGGGCACCAGCAACAUCCACGUGACCCUGGAGAGAGAGCUGGCCGAGCUGCACGGGAAGGACGGCGCGCUGGUGUUCUCCUCCUGCUUCGUGGCCAACGACUCCACCCUCUUCACCCUGGCCAAGAUGCUGCCCGGCUGCGAGAUCUACUCCGACGCGGGGAACCACGCUUCGAUGAUCCAGGGCAUCAGGAACAGCGGCGCCAAGCGCUUCAUCUUCCGCCACAACGACAGCCAGCACCUGGAGGAGCUGCUGGCGUGCUCCGACCCCAAGACCCCCAAGAUAGUGGCCUUCGAGACCGUGCACUCCAUGGACGGUGCGAUCUGCCCCCUAGAGGAGCUGUGUGACGUGGCCCACCGCCACGGGGCCCUCACCUUCGUGGACGAGGUGCACGCCGUGGGGCUGUACGGGGCCCACGGCGCCGGCGUGGGCGAGAGGGACAACGUGAUGCACAAGCUAGACAUCGUCUCGGGGACCCUGGGCAAGGCCUUCGGCUGCGUGGGCGGCUACAUCGCCAGUAGCGCCGCCCUGGUGGACACCGUGCGCUCCUACGCCGCGGGCUUCAUCUUCACCACCUCGCUGCCCCCCAUGGUGCUGGCCGGGGCGCUGGAGUCGGUCCGUGUUCUGCGCAGCCCCGAGGGCCAGGCCCUGCGCCGCACGCACCAGAGGCACGUCAAGCACAUGAGGCAGCUGCUCCUGGACAACGGCCUGCCCGUCAUCAACUGCCCCAGCCACAUCAUCCCCAUCAAGGUGGGUGACGCCGAGCUCAACACCAUGAUGUGUGACGCCCUGCUGGAGAGACACAGCAUCUACGUCCAGGCCAUCAACUACCCCACGGUCCCCCGUGGAGAGGAGCUGCUCCGCCUGGCCCCCUCCCCCCAUCACGACGCCGCCAUGAUGGAGUACUUUGUGGAGAAGCUGGUGGAAGUCUGGCAGGAGGCGGGACUUCCUCUUGCCAACCAGACCAACAUUUCCUGCAAUUUCUGUGGCUCCGCGCUGCACUUCGACCUGAUGAGCGAAUGGGAGAAAUCCUACUUUGGCAACAUGGAGCCCCAAUACAUUACAAUGUCUGCCUAGUCCUUACCGCCCCAUCGUGGGCAUUACCAUGACCUCAUUGUCCCUAGCAUGAUAACCUAUAACUAUCAUUACCAUGAUGGCCUUAUCAUCACCAUUGGUCCUUUUCGUCUUUUUUUGCCAAAUGAUUGCCAUGACAACCUAGUCAUUACCAUGUUUCUCUUGUCAUUACCAUGAACCUGUAGUCAUUGCCACCUCUGCCUUUGACAUUGUCUUCCUAAUCAUCACUCUGACAACAUAGUAAUUGACAUUACUGCCUAAUCCUCACCAUGACAUGAUGUCGUCAUUACCAUGUCUCUUCUCAUUGCCAUGACUUCUUAGGCGUUAGUCUGUCUAGCCAUGUACACUUCUGCCAACCUAGCCAUAGACCUUUGAAGAAUAAGGCCCAAUCCCAAUUCUACCCCUUACCCCUUCCCCUUCCCCCUCCCCCUUGUUUUGAAGGGGGAAGGGGAAGGGGUAAGGGGAAGGCAUAAGGGGUAGAAAUGGGAUUGGGCCUAUGGCCCAAUCCCAUUCCUACCCCUUACCCCUUCAAAACAAGGGGGAGGGGUAAGAGGUAGAAAUGGGAUUGAGCCUUAGUCCCGCCUCCGAGGCUCCAGUUCCCUCCGUCAAAUGUCUAUGGGAAAUAACAUCGGGCUUUUGAAAGAUCGUACAUAACAAACUCUGUAGGUGGCGAAGAAGUAAAAGCUGUGUCACGUUUUGAACUACACUUUUUCCGUGUAAUUUCGACUGGGUAUUUGGAUUGUCGGGGCCAGCAUUAAGUAGCAUUAAUAAUCGUUUACUACUUAAACGGCGCCGACAAUUCAAAAACCCGUCGAAAUUACAUGGAAAAAGUGUGUGGUUCAAAACGUGACGCAGCCUUUAAUUCUUUGCCACCGACAUUUGUUAUGUUAUAUGCGGGACUUAUUCUUCAGAGGUCUAUGACAACCUAGCCAUUGUGGUGUCUGCUUGUACCAGUAGUGCUUUACUAGUCUUUACCCUACUGCCUAGUCAAUGUCACAAGUUCAUUUUAAACUGAAAGUUUCAAUAAUAGUGUCCACUUUUCAAUUGGAUACAAAUCUUGAGGUGCUUGUAGAGAAAACUGGAUUACAGUCCCACAUCCAAUACACAUAUCAACAAUUAAAAAACAUUUUAAAUCAAAUGGUUCAUUUAUUUAUAUGCAUAAACGUUAACCUCAUGUGGUUCAUUGUAUAAAACAGACUACAAAACAUAUUGUGUCUAUAACUUGACUUCCUAUCUUGAGGUAGUACUACUAUUUGCAAAAGUAACUUUUAUUUAUGUAUGGAUUUAUUAAUGCUAAAACAUGUAUUCAUUUGGUUGAAAGUGUGAAGAUGCAUUGAACCUGCACAUGGGCACUUUAAAAAACGUCUUAAUUCUUACAUUAUAUAAUGUUAGCACAUAUGGGAUGACUGGACAUAUUCUUAUUGUGGAACCCAACCAGCAGCAUACACUCGCAUCAUUCGCUCUAUAUAAAGUAUUAUUCCCCACCGACUCCUUGAAUGCAUUGAUUGUGACUAAAAAUUAUAUAUAUAUAUUAUAAUAAAAAAACAAUGAUGGUCAAA